GUGGAAGUGAGGCAGGUCAUGUAGAACGUGGAACAUCGGCAGUACAAGGUGAAGAAUCUUCUGCUGUUCAAAGUGAAGUGAGUACGUUACCAUCAUCAGGUACUGCAGGCACACACAAUGACGAACAAGAGGUUAGACAAACACAAAGCCAAAAUAACGGGACUGAUCCUGCUACACAAGGUAAUGAAGAGGCACCGAUCAACACAUCUGAUAACACUACACCUGCUGACCCUAAUCCUAACCAGCAAACUCCUGAAGCUGCAGGUGCAACUGCCGCAUCAGACUCAGAAGAAACCACUUCUAUCACUCUACCGAUCACCGAGAACACUACCACUGAUGCACCAACCACCACUCCAUCUCCUGUUCCCAAGCCAGAUAUUAACACCAUUGCUUCCACUGUAAAGAACAAGGCUAAUGUUGACAGCAGUGUCAGUCCUGUGUGGAUCCGCACUGCAGCACCGCUGUUGAUUGUGGCUGUGUUGUUCUCCGCUACCGUGUACUGA